GUUCUCCUCAGUGUCUUCUUCUUCCUCUUCCAGCAGCUCUUGGCCACAGAGAAAGAAGAAACAGAGGUUUUCGAAGAAAGUACUCACCCACUGAUGACGUUUCUCUGGCACUGCCAUUGCCAAUGGAGAUGAAGGGCUGGGUUUACGCAGAGUACGGAGGCGUGGAGAAGAUGAAGCUCGAAGAGAACGUCGGGGUUCCGGAGAUCCGAUAUGAUGAAGAUGGUGAUGUGCUCAUCAGAGUUUGCGCCGCUGCUCUCAAUCCCGUCGAUUUCAAGCGCAGGGAAGGCAAGUUCCGAGCCUCCGAUUCCCCUCUCCCCGCUGCUUCUCUCCCUCUCGCUUUGGAGACCGCCUACGAGGGUCUCCAAAGGGUGGGGUUCUCCUCCGGGAUGUCUAUACUCGUCUUGGGCGGGGCCGGAGGAGUUGGGUCUCUCGUGAUUCAGCUGGCAAAGAAUGUAUUUGGAGCAUCAAAGGUGGCAGCUACAUCAAGCACACCAAAACUGGAGCUGCUGAAAAGCUUAGGUGCUGAUUUGGCUAUUGAUUACACCAAGUCAAACUUCGAAGAUCUACUAGACAAGUUUGAUGUUGUCUAUGAUGCAGUUGGGCAGGGGGAAAGGGCGGUUAAGGCGGUAAAGAGCGGAGGGAGCAUGGUAGUACUAACCGGUGCGGUCACACCUCCCGGGUUCAGGUUCGUCGUGACCUCGAAAGGAGAAGUGCUGACUAGGCUCGCCCCGUUCCUAGAAACUGGGAAGGUGAAGCCAGUGAUAGACCCCAAAGGUCCAUUCCCUUUUGACAAAGUUGCAGAAGCAUUUUCUUACCUCCAAACUGGCCAUGCUACAGGCAAAGUUGUCAUAUAUCCCAUUCAAUGACAAGUAGUGUAUACAUACACUAUGACUCUAUGAGGAAUAACAAAGAAACCUGUAAAAAUUAUAUUCCAUGUCUAUAUUAUAAUGUAACACUUUAGUUCUUAGCAGAUCUUACACAAGUGUCUGCAAAGAAAAAACUUGUGGCAAAAACCCAAAAGUUCAAAGAUCCAUUCACAAAGUCAUGAUGUCCACCUUUGAGGGAAAAAGUUUUCUUUGCCACAGCUUUUCUCGCAAAACGGUAUGUAUGUUAAUUCACAAAUGCAUUCACAACCUCCUGUGAAAUCAGAAAAGAUA